UCUCUCGCUGGCAAAGAGAAAAACGACAACUUGCGCAUCGACGCCGGGGAUCUCAUCCCCUUCCCGCCGCACCCUGCAAAUCCCCGCUCUUUCCUUCGCUCACUAAACCCCAAAUCUCAUUCUUCGACAAGUUAAAAAACAUUAAUGGGUUUCUUCAAGAACGAGGCGAGUUCCUCCUCCAACUCUCUAGCAAGAACAGCCCACAGUGAGUCGGCGCCACUCCUUAACACCCACGGCCCCAUAACACUCUCAUCCCAGCCAAAAACCUUCGCGAAUGUCUUCAUCGCCAUCGUUGGCGCCGGAGUGCUCGGCCUACCCUAUGCCUUCAAACGCACUGGAUGGGCUGCCGGAACCCUAAUAAUCAUCGCCAUCGGCGUCCUAACCUACCACUGCAUGAUGCUCCUCGUCCGCACCCGGCGCCGCCUCGAGCGUGACAUCGGAUUCGCCCAAAUCGCCUCAUUCGGCGACCUAGGCAGCGCCGUCGCCGGCCCCACUGGCCGCCUCGCCGUCGAUGCCAUGAUUGUUCUAAGCCAGGCAGGGUUCUGCAUCGGAUACCUUAUCUUCAUCUCUAAUACCCUCGCACAUCUCUUUCCCAACCCGAAAUCGCUCUACAUUUUAGCGGUUUUCCCUUUUCAACUCGCUCUUAAUUCGAUCCGAAGCCUGACUCUGCUUGCACCCUUAAGCAUCUUCGCUAAUAUCGUUGACAUUGUGGCAAUGGGGGCUGUUCUCCGAGAGGAUGUUGUGGCCGGAGCUAGAUACUGGCCUGAUCUGAAAGCCUUCGGCGGCCCGUCUGAAAUUUUGUACGGUUUCGGCGUUGCGGUUUUCUCGUUUGAAGGGAUGGGGAUGGUUUUGCCGCUGGAAUCCGAGGCAGCUGAUAAGGGUCAGUUUGGAAGAACGAUUGGGUUAUCAAUGGGGGUGAUAUCGUUCAUUUAUGUAGCGUUUGGGGCUUUGGGAUAUGCGGCGUUUGGUGGAGAGACGCGGGAUAUUAUCACCACCAACUUGAGCGGCGGUGCUGUGGCUGUUGCGGUACAGGUUGGUCUCUGCAUCAACCUCUUCUUCACCUUUCCAGUAAUGAUGAAUCCAGUCUACGAAGUGGUGGAGCGGUUGGCGUGCGGAAAGCGGUACUGUGUUUGGCUGCGGUGGGCGGUAGUGGCCACCGUGAGUUUGGUGGCGCUUCUUGUCCCCAACUUCACCGACUUCCUGUCGCUGGUGGGUAGCAGCGUGUGUUGCGUUCUCGGCUUUGUGUUGCCAGCUUCCUUCCAUUUGAGGGUUUUCUGGUCGGAGAUGGGGUGGCUCGGUGUAGCCUUCGAUGGGGCGAUUAUACUCUCGGGAGUCAUCUUGGCAGUUUCGGGCACCUAUACUUCGAUCAUGGCCUUUUUUUGUUCGGUAUAGCUGUGAUGUUGUCCAAGCCGGUCCGGGUGGUUCCAGCCCAGCCCGUCCCGGUCCGAAUUUUGAAGUCCGGUUUUUUGUAUGUAUAUUUAGACAAAUUAUUUGAAAAAAAAAAUAAUAUGUUUCAUUAUUUCUACAUGUAGAAUACCUGAGAA